CGUACGAGUAGAUUUAUAAGUAACACAUUGAGGUAUUAUAAAAAUUUGCCAUUAUAUUAAAUUAAAUUCGAUCUAAAAUGCUGUAGAAAUCGAUGUUAUUAGGCUAUUGUGUUAUGGUGAAAUUGUGUUGUUACAAAUGGAUCUGGAUUCCGUUUAUCGUAAUUUCAGUACUUACGAUAGUGGAAAGUAAAAGACGUCAAAAGAGAGCCUUCAAUUUAUUACAUCAUUAUCAGCAGCAUCUUAUUUCGAACGAAAAUCAUAACGAUUUAACAUCGAAUUCUAUUUUGUAUGGUAAGAAGUUAUCCUCAAACGUGAAUGCUACCGAAAAGACGAUGACUACUUCGAUGACUUCGUUUUUCGAUAUAAAACAAUCUGUUAAAGAAAAGACAUUAUUAGAUCUUGAAAAACCUAAGCUUUUCGACGACAUCGAUAAGCAUUCGGAUUUGGAGGAAUCGUCGAACGACACGCACAUUCGAGUAAAAAGAACCGAUUUUAAGUUUGUCAAGUCGGACAAAAAUCAGCCAUUGAUACGUUUGAAAAGUAAUUAUUUCGUAGAUCUAGCCGAUUCUUUUCCACGAAAAUCUUCAAACGCUGAAUAUCGAUCAUUGAGAAAAAGGUACAUUAAAUUAUCGAAAAGUUCUAAUGAUUAUUACAAUACUUCCAAUUAUCGAAACGUAUCUUCUAAUUCUAAUGGAACAUUUUUCAAUUCGCAAGUUACUGAAACAAAUCGUUACCUCGACAAUUAUAUUACCGAUUCGAUGGAACCAAAAAUUCAUUGUAACGACAUUGAAAAAAAAGUCGGAACAAUCUUUAAUCUCGAAGCUAAUAUUUCGCAAACUUUGAAGCCAAACGAUUCAAUGUUAAAAAAUAUUGGAGUUUAUAAAAAGAGAUCUGAAAAGAAAAGAAAGUCUGACAAAAAUAAGAUACGUAGAGUUCUUCACGGGAAAAAAAGAAAAUUAGGGAAACACGUUGGUAGGACAGAUAAGAGGAAAGGUAUUUCCUCUAAAGCAACCGGCAAACGUAUCUCGAACUCAUUAAAAACAACGUCCCUUUCGAAAGGCAAGCAACAAAAGAUUCAUACGAUUAGAAAUUUAGAUUUACCUAAAAUUGUCGACGAUUAUCAAGUCGAAUCUAAAAUAAAAAAGAAGGAUUCUAUUGACGAUGGAUCGGAAAUUGAUAUAGUUCGAAGAAGAAAGAUUUCUGAUUAUGAAAGAUCCUCUCGCGAGGGUGAGAACGAACGAACUGAAGAAACAUUGAUAGAGGAAAAGAUAGACGUAUCAUCUGUAAAUGAUAAUGCGCGAGAUAAAAGAAGCUUAAAUAAAAGUAAAGGGAUUGAGGAAAGAGAUAUAUCAUUAAGGACUCGAUUAAAGAGAAAUGAAAAUGACAAUUUAACGAUACCGAAAUACCCAAAUGUUCUUGAAUCAACGUUGUCAUCUUUGUCAAUGUUAUCAGAAACUAAUCAGUCACUGUUUGAGAAACCACGUGGCGAUAGAGCAGUGAAAUCCAUCGAGGAGAUCAAAGAACUCGCGGAGAAGCUGGUUACCAAAGUGAACGAGUUACAAAGUUAUCUGAGCUAUGAAAACGAAAGAGAAAAUAAAGGAGAGAAGAUAAUGAAGAUGAAGAAGAAGAAGCUGGAGUCACGUGAGAUCGAAGUUCCUCAUAAUAAUGCCACGAUCGAGGAAGAGGUUGUUUUGGAAACACCAAAAUUAGUGGAUGAAUGCGUACGAAUAGGUGAUCUUAAUGUGGCCUUGAAAACUCUAGAUGAUAGAAACGCUAGUUUCGAUAAGGUUACGAAAAAGGAAGAAUCAGGAACUGAAAGGAUGAAUUUAUUAAACGAUCGAACGGAUUCGUUGACGAAGAGAAUGAUUCGUAAAAAUCGAAUUAAACGAAAAUCGCGUCGUAAAUGGGGCAGAUGGACGGGUUGGAGCAGUUGUAGCGUCAGUUGCGGUAAAGGUCGACAGAUCAGAUGGAGACAUUGUUUACGCGAUUGUAGUACAGUUGAAACUGAAAUGGAAGAAAAGGCAUGCCAAAUGCCGGCCUGUCCACCUGGAAAGUUUCUCGGGAUAUUUUAGAUUUUUUUUCAAAAUGAUUGUCACAGUGAUUCGUUCUUCUAAUCGUCGUUCCUCCAUAACGAGUGGUUUAUAUAUCUUUAGAUCGUUUUAAGGGAUCGUUGUA